AUGGUUGAAAUAAAGGUUGAUCUUAAAAAUAAAUUUUUUGAAAAAAUCAGAAUUAAAAACACUUUUGUAUUUGAAGAUAAUUUUGAAAAAUACAAUUAUCGAAAUCUAAAGUUGAAUAAAAAAAAUUUAUAGAUUAAUGGAAUUAAUUUAAAUGAGGCUAAAUUGCUUGUUUGUAAGAUUGUCAUACCCAUUAUGUCUACUCAGUCUGUUUCUCUCCUGAUGGAAAUACAUUAGCUUCUGGUAGUGAUGAUAAAUCUAUCCGACUAUGGGAUGUCAAAACAGGAUAAUAAAAAGCCAAAUUAGAUGGUCAUACUCAUUAUGUCUACUCAGUCUGUUUCUCUCCUGAUGGAAAUACAUUAGCUUCUGGUAGUAGAGAUAACUCUAUCCGUCUAUGGGAUGUCAAAACAGGAUAAUAAAAAGCCAAAUUAGAUGGUCAUACUCAUUAUGUCUACUCAGUCUGUUUCUCUCCUGAUGGAAAUACAUUAGCUUCUGGUAGUAGAGAUAACUCUAUCCGUCUAUGGGAUGUCAAAACAGGAUAAUAAAAAGCCAAAUUAGAUGGUCAUACUCAUUAUGUCUACUCAGUCUGUUUCUCUCCUGAUGGAAAUACAUUAGCUUCUGGUAGUAGAGAUAACUCUAUCCGUCUAUGGGAUGUCAAAACAGGAUAAUAAAAAGCCAAAUUAGAUGGUCAUACUCAUUAUGUCUACUCAGUCUGUUUCUCUCCUGAUGGAAAUACAUUAGCUUCUGGUAGUAGAGAUAACUCUAUCCGUCUAUGGGAUGUCAAAACAGGAUAAUAAAAAGCCAAAUUAGAUGGUCAUACUCAUUAUGUCUACUCAGUCUGUUUCUCUCCUGAUGGAAAUACAUUAGCUUCUGGUAGUAGAGAUAACUCUAUCCGUCUAUGGGAUGUCAAAACAGGAUAAUAAAAAGCCAAAUUAGAUGGUCAUACUCAUUAUGUCUACUCAGUCUGUUUCUCUCCUGAUGGAAAUACAUUAGCUUCUGGUAGUAGAGAUAACUCUAUCCGUCUAUGGGAUGUCAAAACAGGAUAAUAAAAAGCCAAAUUAGAUGGUCAUACUCAUUAUGUCUACUCAGUCUGUUUCUCUCCUGAUGGAAAUACAUUAGCUUCUGGUAGUAGAGAUGACUCUAUCCGUCUAUGGAAUGUCAAAACAGGAUAAUAAAAAGCCAAAUUAGAUGGUCAUACUAGUACUGUCUACUCAGUCUGUUUCUCUCCUGAUGGAAAUACAUUAGCUUCUGGUAGUGAUGAUAAGUCUAUCCGUCUAUGGGAUGUCAAAACAGGAUAAUAAAAAGCCAAAUUAGAUGGUCAUACUAGUACUGUCUACUCAGUCUGUUUCUCUCCUGAUGGAAAUACAUUAGCUUCUGGUAGUGAUGAUAAGUCUAUCCGUCUAUGGGAUGUCAAAACAGGAUAAUAAAAAGCCAAAUUAGAUGGUCAUACUAGUACUGUCUACUCAGUCUGUUUCUCUCCUGAUGGAAAUACAUUAGCUUCUGGUAGUGAUGAUAAGUCUAUCCGUCUAUGGGAUGUCAAAACAGGAUAAUAAAAAGCCAAAUUAGAUGGUCAUACUAGUACUGUCUACUCAGUCUGUUUCUCUCCUGAUGGAAAUACAUUAGCUUCUGGUAGUGAUGAUAAGUCUAUCCGUCUAUGGGAUGUCAAAACAGGAUAAUAAAAAGCCAAAUUAGAUGGUCAUACUCAUAAUGUCUACUCAGUCUGUUUCUCUCCUGAUGGAAAUACAUUAGCUUCUGGUAGUGAUGAUAAGUCUAUCCGUCUAUGGGAUGUCAAAACAGGAUAAUAAAAAGCCAAAUUAGAUGGUCAUACUAGUACUGUCUACUCAGUCUGUUUCUCUCCUGAUGGAAAUACAUUAGCUUCUGGUAGUUAUGAUAACUCUAUCCGUCUAUGGGAUGUCAAAACAGGAUAAUAAAAAGCCAAAUUAGAUGGUCAUAGUGAAUUGGUCUAAUCAGUCUGUUUCUCUCCUGAUGGAAAUUCAUUAGCUUCUGGUAGUGAUGAUAAGUCUAUCCUACUAUUAUAUCAAAAACAAGUAUUUUUCAGAUUAUAGAUUUAAAGAAAUUUAGAUUAAAAAUGCAAGAUAUCCUUUUUUUAACACCCCUUUGCAGUAAAAGAAUAUUAUUUAAAAUUUAGAUACAUCUAAUAUUAUGGUUUACCCGACUUCAAUUUUUCAAGGUUUAAGGGAGUUUUUUAUAAAAAACCGUUUCCUUUUAGGACAAAUAUUGGAGUAACACUUGA